AGAUCACAUACAAAAACAAGUUUAUACCAGAAUAAAAAAUAAAAAAAAACGCAAGGAAGACCAGUCUCCCUUCUCCGUCUGAAGAUAAAAUGCAUUUGCCAUCAUUGGAAUAUCCGCGACUGAGUCAACAGAGCAUUACAACUAUAAUCUCUUCACUAAACUGCUUUAUUGCCCCAGUGUAUUAUCAAAUCGAGAUUGAGCGUUAAUAGUUGCGUAAUUUACAAGACGCGACUCAUACUUGAGAUGAUCAUGUCCAGUGUACUAGUGGUAAUUAUUUCCCUGGCUAUUAUUAAUUACUCUGAUGGACGGUACACUCCACCUCAAGCCAAAGUCCAGCCGCUUUAUCCCAAGGGCAUUAGGAUAUCGAUCCCAGAUGAGAAAGGAAUCAGCCUAGUGGCGUUCCACAUCAAGUUCAAUGAAGAAUUCGAAGGAAUUGAAGCCGGAACAAUCGCUCGUGACAUUUUGAGAGUCAAAAAUGGCCGCUGGGCCUACGAAGAUCAUACUACCGAACUCACCUUCGGAGACACUGUCUAUUAUUGGCUCCACGUGGUAUACGAAGGCUUGGGCUAUAACCUGUUGUUCCAGGAACAUCGGGUCAGCGCUUUCUUCAACAAAGAUGGAACUUGGGCGAACAUUAAUAACCCUGUUAUUGAUCAAACACAAAAUUGCACGCCGUCGGCUUCAAAAUUGUAUGACUCGGUCGGUAAAACUUAUCAAGAAGCUUGUCAAGGACAGCUGAUUUUUGAAGAUAACUUUGAAUUGUUUAAUAAUUCAAAAUGGCGGGCUGUUGAACGAUUCACUUCUGCUCCUGAUUAUGCAUUUGUUGUGUACAGAAAUAAUGAGAAGAAUAUUAAAGUUAAUGAAGGUAAGCUUAAUUUAUGCCCGAUGUUAAUCGAAAGCGAAUUUGGAAGAGAUUUUAUCCGCCAUGGAUGUUUAAAUCUUGAAAUGUGUACUGAAGUAAUGGACUCAAGCGACUGUAAAAGAGAAGCUAGGGGUGCCUAUAUCUUACCUCCGGUGUCUUCAGGAUACGUGGACACAAAAAAAUCAUUUUCAUUUGUCUACGGGAAGAUAGAAGUACGCGCAAAGCUGCCGAAAGGAGAUUGGAUUUACCCGAUUAUCAGUCUGGAGCCUUUGCAAGACGCCGAGGCAAUGAGCUACCCUCAAUUGAGGGUCGCAGCGUCUUUAGGGAACACAGUACUUGUUUCAAGUGGAGGCGCAGACUUGAGCGGGCAUCUUCUGACCGCCGGGAAAAUUCAAAGGAACGACGGCCAGGGGCUUCUUGACCAACGAGUCGGUUCUCUAGAGCUGCCCAAAAGAUUCGCCGCCAAUUACUGGUCAGACGAGUAUCAUAUUUAUCAGCUGGAGUGGAGUAGCUCCAAGAUAACUGUUAAGGUUGAUAAUGUAGAGUACGGGACUAUGGAUACAAAUCCGGCUUUUGAUAGACCUUUUUACAUUGCACUAGCAGCCGCAGUAGGAGGUCAUGAAGAAUUUCCAGAUGGUACGGUGAGUAAUGGAUACAGUAAGCCCUGGAGGAAUGUCGGAUCCAAGGCGCUCUUUGAUUUUUACAACUCCACAGAAUCAUGGGCAAAGACAUGGUCGGAAGACGAUAAAAAUCUCAAAAUUGAUUACAUACGUGUGUGGGCUCUCUAAUAAACUCCUAGGAAUAAUAUUAAUAAAUGUGUCAUUAAUAAAUGCAACUAUUUGGACAUUGAUCCACGAUUCUAUCCAAAAUAACAUUGCAGGAAUUCCAACAGUUCACCAG